UCCCGUGAUGCUUUGCGGCUAUUUUGGCCCGUGCGAGGUUCCGUAGAGUUUUAACACGCUAUCCUCGGCUAUCGGGCGGUUGUUGUGAAGGUCGUGCACCGAAAGAUCCUUCAGCAUGUCUCUUGUAAAGCCUCAGAUGAGGGGUCUCCUCGCAAAGCGCUUGAGGUUUCAUCUGCCUCUCGCUUUUGGCCUUGCUGUGUUUGUAGCUGCUGCAUUCAAGUUCUCAGUAGCAGAGCCAAGGAAAAAGGCGUAUGCUGACUUUUACAAGCAGUAUGAUGCCACAAAAGAGUUCAACAGUAUGAAGGAGGCUGGGGUUUUUGAGAGUGUGAGGCCCUCCAGUGGAUAAAAUAAUGAUGGUUCUGUCUCUGCAUUUGUCCUAUCCUGUAUCUUCAUUACUGAAUGUUGAAUGAUUAAUAAACAUAAUUAAACCUUUGUCAACUCCUGUACAAGAGCUGUAAUUUCUUGAGCUAUUGAGAAAAUAAAAUCUCUUCAUCCUCUA